AGCUAUAUCGUAGUUUGCCGUCCGAUGGGCCAGCAGUGGAACCCAUGGCUCUUUGCAGAAUUUAGAAGCUCCGACUGACGUUUAGUCCGAUCAAUCCAUGAUACUUUGUUCUAGUUCUGGCUUAAAUGCUUCGUCGAAGCUCACUAGGCGUGCUUCGCUUAUCUUCUUUGCGUUUCCCAUGAAACGCUCCGUCUCUCGAAACGGUUGCCCUACGUUAUCAUCACUUCAAAAUCUCAGCUUAGGCUUUGUCGACGUCGUCACUAUCUCACCUCGUCUUCGCCGUGCCUGAGCUUGGCAACGCUCCUCUCCAUCAUGGUCUGGCGCUGGCGGAAUAAAGGAGGUGAUCCCGAGAAACCGCACAAGGAUCCAUCAUCGAUCCCGACUCUUCAGAAGGGCGCUACGAUCGCGAUCUUAUGUCUGUCGCAACUAUUCACCCAGGCCGGUCUUGGACAGUCAAUUGCGCCGUUGCAUAUCAUCGGACCCGAUAUUGGUGCGCGCAGCCCGGGUGAAUUAAGCUGGCAACCGGCGGCCUACAGUUUGACCGUCGGCACCUUCAUUUUGAUUGCAGGUCGGUUUGGCGAUGUCUACGGUCAUAAACGACUGGUGGUCAUCGGGUGGCUCUGGUUUUCGCUAUGGUCCCUUAUCUGUGGCUUCAGUGCCUAUUCUGGCCAGAUCCUGUACGACAUCUGUCGAGCCUUUCAGGGAAUAGGGCCUGCGAUACUACUCCCUAAUGCCAUCGCCAUUCUGAGCAACAUGUUCCCUCCCGGUCCCAAAAAAAACCUCACGUUCAGCGUAUUCGGUGCUACCGCUCCCAACGGUUUCGUCGUCGGUGCCGUCUUUUCCAGUAUUUUUGCAGAGUUCGUCUGGUGGCCAUGGGGAUAUUGGGUGAUGGCGAUGGUGUGCUUCGCACUGGCUAUCUUGUCAUAUCUUAUUGUCCCGCUGCAGGAUUCUGAUGUCACCAGGCGAAAGGAGAAAGGUCAAUUGGACCCUUGGGGUUCAAUCACCGGCGUUGUCGGCCUGGUUCUUGUCAAUUUUGCUUGGAACCAAGGCCCGGUAGUCGGUUGGCAGGUUCCCUAUAACUACAUCCUUCUCAUUGUCGGAAUCGCCUUCCUCUGUCUAUUCUUCUUCAUCGAAUCUCGCGUGUUGCACCCUGUUGUGCCUAUCAGAGCCCUCAAGAUGGACACCGCAUUCGUCCUGGCAUGUAUCGCAGCAGGCUGGUCAUCUUUUGGUAUCUGGGUGUACUACACAUGGCAGCUAUCGGAAGUUCUACGAGGCUUCCAUCCAUUGAGCGUGACAGCUCAGUUCGUUCCAUGUGGGAUUUCCGGACUCCUCGCCGCUUUUAGUAGCUCGAUUCUCCUCGGCACUAUUGAUGCUCAUUAUAUCAUGAUGAUCGCCAUGACUGCCUUCUUGGUGGGCACAAUAUUGAUGGCAACGGUCCCCGUUGGACAAAUCUACUGGGCACAGACGUUUGUGUCGACGAUUGUCACUCCUUGGGGAAUGGAUCUUUCCUACCCAGCCGGCACCAUCAUCUUGAGCAACGCUACGCCACGAGAACACCAGGGGAUCGCUGCAUCCCUAAUGAACACCGUGGUUAAUUACUCUAUCUCCAUCGGACUUGGAAUCGCAGGCACCGUUGAGUCCCAAAUUAACAAGAGCGGAAAUGAAGUCCUGCGCGGCUACCGCAGCGCGUGGUACGUCGGUAUCGGCCUUUCUGGAAUGGGAGUCUUCAUUGCAUCCCUGUUCGCCCUCAUCGCUGAAACUAGAACGCGCCAUAAACAAACGGAUAACGAUGUCAGCGACAGCGAAAGGACUGAAGUUGACACCGCUGAAACGUCAGCUUGAGAUUAUUCCAAGCCUAUUUGGAUUGCGCUUUUUAUAAUAAUACCCUAUUUGCGAUUUUUGAGUCUCUUAUCGGCAUAUCUUACUGGGCGCCAUUUCUUUUUUUUUACAUCUUCAUUAGAACUCCAUGGAAUGUUGGUGAUGACGUCUUCUUCGUUCUACGAAAAGUCAAAGAUUACGGGCGAUAACGAUAUAGAAUAAUAGAUAGUGAUAGUGAUAGUGAUAUAGAUAUAGAUAUAGAUAUCGACAUAUUAGACGAUAUUUUACCCAAUGUGAAGAUAAAUAAUGCUC